AUGUGCCAUUACUGCGCUGCACAUUUCACGAUGUCAAAUAAUGGUAUGGAUCACGAGAACGAGAAUCAUAUAAUCCCAAACAGUGGGGCCACUGUCCUGUCUUGUGAGUUUUGUGGAGUAAAGAAAGAUUUACAGUCUGUCAAUCGAGAGAGUGCCAGUCCUCGUGCGAUGCCAUCCAUCAGCCCCACUGCAUCAUUAAUAAGCAGUGACAGUUCUAUUUCAAAUUGCAGUGACUUUUCAGUUGAUGCAAACUUUUUUGGCCGUGGUUAUGUAGAAGACUGCAGCACGGACAGCAGUCAAGAAGAUUCUGUUUCUGGUUCAAAAGGGCAUCUGGAUUAUUCAAACUCAUCAAAUAAAUUGAACGGUUUCCAUCGGACUGGUGUAGAAAAUGUAGGAAGCGGUGGAGUUCAGGCUGGGCGAGAAAUUAACGUGGAAAGAGUUGGUUCAUCUAUCGACAAAGAAAUUGGGAUGUCGGAUGAAAUGGAUGCUCAAUUUUGGCUUCCACCAGAACCAGAAGAUCAAGAAGAUGAUAACAUAGGUAGGGUGGAAAAUUACGAUGACGAUGAAGACGAAUGUGGGGAGGACGGUGUGAGAUGGGCCAAUUCGAGUUCUUUAAGCUGUUUUGGAGAAGAAGGCAGUGGGAGCUACAAGUUCAAAGAGGAAAAGCGUAAAGCAAUGGACGAGGUUAUGAAUGGGAAGUUCAAGGCCCUUGUUGGUCAACUAAUUAAGUCUGUUGGCGUUGCCUCUUCCAGAAAUGAUGGAGAAAAUUGGGUGGAUAUAGUGACUUCUUUAUCAUGGGAGGCUGCUUCUUUUGUGAAGCCUGGUGCAAACGAGGGUAAGGCAAUGGAUCCUGAUGGAUACGUCAAAAUCAAAUGUAUUGCAACUGGUUCCCGCAGCCAAAGUCGAUUAGUUAAAGGUUGCGUCUUCAAAAAGCAUGCUGCCCACAAACACAUGCCAACAAAGUACAAGAACCCUAGAUUGAUGUUAAUUAAUGGUUCGCUCGAUCUUUCUUCCAGUGGAUUAUCAUCAUUUGAAUCAAUGCAACAGGAGAAGGAUAUUCUAAAAUCUAUCGUUGAGAGGAUAGAAAUGUACCAUCCAAAUGUGAUUUUGGUUGAGAAAUCAGUUUCUCGUGGUAUACAAGAAUCUAUUCUUGCAAAAGGAAUGACGUUAGUCUUUGAUAUGAAGCUCCAUCGACUGGAGAGAGUUGCUCGUUGUACUGGUUCACAUAUCUUGUCAUCAGAUUUUGCUAGUGGCCAACAGCUUAGGCAGUGUGAUUCCUUUCAGAUUGAAAAGUUUGUAGAAGAACACAAUGUUUUAGCCGAAGGUGGGAAAAAACCGAGUAAAACAUUAAUGUUCCUUGAGGGCUGUCCCACUCGUCUUGGAUGCACCAUUUUGCUGAUGGGAGCUAAUGGCAAUGAACUGAAAAGGAUUAAAUGCGUUUUCCGGUGUGCAGUUGUCAUGGCAUAUCACUUAAUGCUCGAGACUUCUUUCCUUCUAGAUCAGAGGGCAAUGUUCUCGACUAUUCCUCUGAACAAGGAAAAUAAUGCUGAAACUGAUUCAUCGUUGUCAUUGGACAUUCCCAUUUCUGAUGGGUUCCAUGAAACUGGACCUCACAACCUAAUUUCACUAUCAGAAGGCAAUUCUUCAUUCUCAUUUGAGCCAUAUAGCCCGGCAACAUUUCCGGGAUUAUCUCUGUCAGUCUCUCUUAAAAAAGUUAUGGAUGAUAGUUUUCCUCUUUUUUCUGAUUCUUCUCAAAGUAUGUCCUGUCAGCUUGGUUUUGAUGGAAGGAAUCACGAAGAUCAUGUUGAACAUGAGGUGAAAAAAUCUAGUUCUGUGGAGGUAAUGGAUCAUGACGAUACAAUGCCGAUCUUAAGAUCUGAGGAACAGAAUUUGCUCUGUAAUGUGGAGCCACAUCUGCCACCAGGUUGUUCUGUAGAAUCUUUGGACACACUAGAUAAUAGCGAUAAAGCUGAAGACCAAAUGAAUAAUAAGGAUGAGAUCAGCUCAAUAUUGGAUUCUGAAAGUAUUUUGGUUCUGAUGUCGAAGCGGAAUGCUUCAAGUGGGACUGUUUGUGAGCAAAGUCAUUUUUCUCAUAUUAAGUUCUACCGUAAUUUUGACGAUCCUCUUGGAAAGUUUUUGUGGGAAAAUUUACUCAAUCAGGGACUCCAGUGCAAGACUUGUGGUAAACCCCCGGAGGGUCAUUUUUUCUACUAUGCACAUCAUAAUAAGCAACUAACUAUUCAAGUUAGACGUCUUCCUGAUGACAAAGGUCUGCCUGGUGAAACUGAAGGAAAGCUUUGGAUGUGGAGUCGCUGUGGUCAAUGUAAAUUUCAGAAUGGAAGCUCAAAAUCUACAAAAAGGGUUUUGAUAUCAACUGAUGCCCGUGGUUUAUCAUUUGGAAAGUUUUUGGAGCUCAAUUUUUCGAACCACUCGUCAUUCAAUAGUCCAUCCAGCUGUGGUCAUUCUUUUCAUAAGGAUUUCCUCUACUUCUUUGGAUCUGGUCCAAUGGUUGCAGUGUUCAAAUACUCACCAGUUGCUACUUAUUCGGUGUCUCUGCCACAUAAGAUGCUGGACUUUAACUCUUCGUUGAGAGGAGAGUUACUAAAGGAAGAUUUUAAGAAGGUGUUAGCAAAAGGGACUAAAAUGUUCUUGGAGAUAGAAGAAUCUUUGAAGGAUUUAGAAACUCAAUAUGUUGGUCGAACUCUGAACAUUCAGGGAACAAGUAAGAAGUUUUCUGAUAUUGAGGAGAUGUUAAAGCAAGAAAAAUCUCAAUUCGAGGUUGACAUUCAAAAUGCUGUUAAGAAUGGAUCUCGAGAUCAGCCUGCGUAUAAACUUCUAAGCUUGAACAGGGUACGAUUGGAGCUUCUGCUUGAAUCACGUGUUUGGGAUCAACGUCUACACUCAUUAUCAUCCGACCUUUUGGCAAGUAAAUCUAUCAAGCUACAAGCGCAAGAGCAAUCUCAGUUGAAAGAGGAUGGAACUGGUGGAGAAGAAGCCAAUGGGUCUGAUAUUAAGGUGGAAAACUGUGACAGUCCUCGGGAAAAUACUUCUGGAUUGGAAAUUAAGGUCGUUACAUCCAUGGAAGCAAAUGAUUUUACAAUUAAAGAAAUUCCAAUUGAUGGGCAAGUUGAAGAAUCUAGAGAACACGAUGAAUCAUUUCCUACAUCUAUUAUCACUGAUGAUAUUGCAAAGCUGACUGUAGAUGGAAUUAAUGGAAAUGUAUCGUCUGUCCAUUUCCUGGUGAAACCUAGUUUUGAGGUCCAUUCUGACAAUCCAGUCUCUGUUGGGAACAAUCAAAUAGAUGGGGGAAUACCGUUAGCUGCUGAUAUUGAAGUUGCUGGUUCUGAUUUGAAACAUCAGCAGACAACUACUAUGUUAAAUAACCUAGAAAAUGACAAGGGUUUGAUCUGGACUCCUUAUUCAGUAAUUCGACGCAAAUACAUGGACAACCUCCAGCGUAGUUACUCCCAAACAUUUGAAUCUUUAAGCCACCAUGCUGCAGAAUCUGUGGCUAAUAAACUGAUUACAGACGAGGGCUUGAGACUACAUAUUCCUCCAGGUUCUGAGGAUAAUAUUAUGUCCAACCUCCAGCAAAGUGACUUCCAAAAAUUUGAAUCUUUCAGUCACCAUGCUGCAGAAUCGGUGGCUCAUAAACUGAUCACAGACGAGAGCUCAAGAAUACAAAUUCCUCUUGGUACUGAUGACUAUUUUGUGUCCGACUAUGAAGAUGAAUUCUCGAGCAUAAUAGCUUGUGCUCUGACCUUAUUAAAGAAUCCACCGACUGCAUCUGAGGACCUAGUCGAGGAUGCCAGAAAAGAACGAGGAAUGGAUGCUAAAUCAAUUGAGAGCUCGCAGAGCCUGUCUCGUAUUUUCUCUUCGACUUCUAACUGGCCAUCUUUUAGUUCUUUGGAUUCCGACGGAAUCAAUUCUUCAUCAAGCAAUGCAUUAGAGGAGUCACAUUCAUCGAGCUUUAAUGGGUUGGAUUUGUUGGAUUCUUUGAAAUCUUAUGGUGCUGACCACCCGCAAAUCUCUAUGGGGUCAAAAGGAAAGCAUAAAUAUUCUGUCGUAUGUUUGUAUGCAAGUGAGUUCCAUCAGUUGCGAGACCGAUGUUGUCCUUCUGAAGUGGAUUAUAUUGCUUCCUUAAGCCGUUGUAGGAAUUGGGAUGCCAAAGGUGGGAAGAGCAAAUCUUUCUUUGCUAAGACACUUGACGAUCGAUUAAUAAUAAAGGAGAUUAAGAGGACAGAAUUCGAUUCAUUCAUGAAGUUUGCACCCAACUACUUUAAGUACAUGGAUCAGUGUUAUGAGUUGCAUAAUCCAACCUGCCUUGCUAAAGUUCUCGGCAUCUACCAGGUCAUCAUAAGAGCAACUAAGAAUGGAAAGGAGACCAAACAUGAUCUCCUGGUGAUGGAGAAUCUGUCCUUUGGUCGAAACAUAAUGAGACAAUAUGAUCUUAAAGGAGCUCUUCAUGCUCGUUUUAAUUCUGCUGGCAAUGGUUCGGGAGACGUUCUCUUGGAUCAGAAUUUUGUCAAUGAUAUGAAUGAUUCACCUCUAUAUAUCAGUAUGAAAUCGAAGCGUAACUUGCAAAGGGCUGUGUGGAACGACACUACUUUCCUCCACUCGAUCAACGUGAUGGAUUAUUCUCUACUUGUUGGAGUAGAUUCUCAACGUCGGGAACUGGUCUGUGGCAUCAUAGAUUAUCUCCGACAAUAUACAUGGGACAAACAAUUAGAGAAUUGGGUCAAGUCUUCGCUGGUUCCUAGGAACCAGCAGCCAACUGUCAUCUCUCCUAUAGAAUACAAAAAAAGAUUUAGGAAGUUCAUCGACACCCAUUUUUUGUGUGUCCCGGACCAUUGGUGCUCUCACAGAUUGAGUAACCCCUGCAAACUUUGUGGUGCCGGAGAGGAAAAUGGUUCUUUGCAUGCAAAGUCUCAAGAGCGUAGAGAUCAUGAUGAUGAUUCUAGACCUCUUGCAAAGUCUAUAGAGCAACCCACACGUGAAGAGAAAUCUCGUCCCAGUUCUCCAAAUCAUGGACGAAAUGGUUUUUCUGCCUGA